AGAGAGAGAGAGAGGGAGAGAGGAGGAGGCUGACUUUGGAGAGCCAGAGAGUAAAUGCAUUUGGCUGUCCAUGUUGACUCUUUGAAAGUGAUAUAUAGAAGAGAUUGAGAUGGGAAGACCACCGUGUUGUGACAAGAUUGGAGUGAAGAAAGGGCCAUGGACACCAGAGGAAGAUAUCAUCUUGGUUUCUUACAUCCAAGAACAUGGUCCUGGAAACUGGAGAUCUGUUCCUACUCACACAGGUUUGAGGAGAUGUAGCAAAAGCUGUAGAUUAAGGUGGACUAAUUAUCUUCGACCUGGGAUUAAGCGUGGUAACUUCACUCAGCAUGAAGAGAAGAUGAUUCUACAUCUUCAAGCUCUUUUGGGAAACAGGUGGGCAGCUAUUGCAUCAUACCUUCCAGAAAGGACAGACAAUGAUAUAAAGAACUAUUGGAACACUCAUUUGAAGAAAAAGCUCAAGAAGAUGAAUGAUUCUUGUGACAGUACUAUCAAUAAUGGAGUUGAUAGCAAAGAACUUUCUUCACCAAACAAGAACACUACUUCAAAUCAAAGUAACAGCUCCAGCAAAGGUCAAUGGGAGAGAAGGCUUCAGACAGAUAUCAACAUGGCUAAACAAGCUCUUUGUGAUGCUUUGUCUCUUGACAAACCACAAAGCCAGACUAAUUUCUCUAUAACCGAUCUUGGUUAUGGUCCAUCAUCUUCUUCUUCCUCUACCACCACCACCACCACGAAAAGUACUAAUCCAUACCCAUCUGGAGUUUAUGCUUCAAGUGCUGAGAACAUCGCUCGUUUGCUUCAGAACUUCAUGAAAGACACACCAAAGACCUCGGUGCCCUCACCAGUUGCAGCCACAGAGAUGGCUAUUACCACGGCAGCUUCGAGCCCUAGCACAACGGAAGGAGAAGGAGAAGGGAUUGACCAUUCUUUAUUCAGCUUCAACUCCAUGGAUGAAGCUGAAGAGAAGCCUAAAGUAAUAGACCAUGACAUUAAUGGUCUAAUUACACAAGGCUCUCUUUCUUUGUUCGAGAAAUGGCUCUUUGAUGAGCAAAGUCACGAUAUGAUCAUUAAUAACAUGUCAUUAGAGGGUCAAGAAGUGUUGUUCUAGAAAGAAAGCAAAAAAAAAAAGAUUGACGAUUUACUUGAGAAACGACGAGGCUUAGUUAUAAACAAGUUGUGUAAUAAUUAAGUACUCUUUAGUUUUGUUUUAAUCCUUAAUUAUGUCUCAUAUUGCAGUAAUUAGGGAUUUUAGUCAUGAGUAGUAGUGACUUUUAAGUUUUAACACGAUGUUCUCUAUUUUUUUCUGUGGAGAUGUUAUCUUCUUUUUUUUUUUUCUUUCUUUGUCGACGUGGAGAUGAUAUCUUCUAUGUAGUAGAAACUCAAAACGUAUACAUCAUCUUUAUUAAUGUAACGUUGGUUUUUUUUUA